AUGGCGACUGCUGGUCCAAUGCAAUAUGGCGUGACGGCACCGCUGUCGAAUGCCCUCCCGACAGACGCUGAGAACCAAGCCAGCAAUGACCUUAUCGAGGAGUUAAAGCGACAGAACAACUAUGAGAGCACAUCGGAUACCAACAAGAGAACCGUUGUCCUUCAGUCACUGCAGUCCAUAACCGAAGAAUUCGUGAGAAAAGUCAGCCGAGCACAAGGACUCAAUGAGAAUCUCGUUAAGAAUGCUGGCGGCAAAAUAUUCACGUAUGGAAGCUUUCGGCUUGGUGUGUUCGGUCCUGGUUCUGAUAUUGAUACCCUCGUUGUUGUCCCGAAACACAUCACCAUCAACGACUACUUCGAACACUUCCCUGAUCUCUUGAUUAAGAUGGCUCCCGCGGGCGCCAUCACCGAUCUCACACCUGUUACAGACUCGUUCGUCCCAAUCAUCAAAUUCGAAUAUUCUGGAAUCAGUAUUGAUCUUAUUUUCUCCCGACUUGCUUAUCUCAGCCAAGUCCCUAAAGACCUGACUCUUGCUGACGACAAUCUGCUCAAAGGUCUUAGUGAGCCCGAACUCCGUUCGUUGAAUGGCACUCGUGUUACGGAUGACAUUUUAAAUUUAGUACCCCAAAAGGCUAUCUUCAGAACCGCCCUUCGAGCGAUCAAGCUCUGGGCUCAGCGGCGUGCCAUAUAUGCCAAUAUUAUGGGAUUUCCUGGUGGUGUGGCUUGGGCUAUGCUUGUUGCUCGAGUUUGUCAACUUUAUCCGAAGGCCACGAGUUCGACUGUUGUCCUGAAGUUCUUUCGCAUAAUGGAGAAGUGGCAAUGGCCGACACCGGUACUUCUGAAACCCGCGCAGCUCACACCCAAAGGUGGUGCUCAGAUGAACGUUCGAGUGUGGAAUCCAAAAGUCUACCAUAGUGACAGGAAUCAUCUUAUGCCAAUAAUCACACCUGCCUAUCCUUCCAUGUGUGCGACUCACAACAUCACAAGAUCGACCCAGAAAAUCAUAUGCAGGGAGCUUAGACGUGGUGGAGAGAUCACAGACAAGAUCAUGACAGGCAAGAAUCCAUGGAAGGACUUGUUUAUCAAGCACACGUUUUUCACACAGGGUUACAAAUACUACCUUUCCGUCAUUGCUGCCAGUACUACCACGAAUGCCCAACUAAUCUGGGCUGGUUGGGUUGAAUCCAAAGUCCGACUUCUUGUAGCCGGUCUUGAGGACCACGAGUCAAUCGCACUAGCUCACCCCUUCAAUAAAGGCUUCGAACGGGUUCACAAAUGCCAAAGCGAGGAGGACGUCGAGAAAGCUAAGAGCAAUCUCGAGUUUCAGAUUAAGCAAAUCCCAACGGAGACUACUGACCCUGCAAAUUUACCUAACGGAGAUGCUAUUGUCAAUGAUCAGAUAGCUAAUGGUGAUGAGAAAUCGACCGUUGGUGGAGGAACCAUGGUCUAUACUACAACCUGGUACAUUGGACUGGAGUUGCAAGAAGGUGCCAAAUCCCUUGAUCUCUCUUGGCAGGUCGACAAUUUCAAAAGACUUUGUAUGGGCUGGGAAAAGCACGACCCUGAGCUUAACGCUUUGAACGUUAUUCACACCAAAAACUAUGAUCUUCCAGAAGACGUAUUUGGGGAAGGUGAAAUCAAACCUGCUCGCCCACAAAAGAGGAAGGUAGUCCACGGAGCGGCAAGGAAGCGUCCAGCAACAGAAGAGUCCUCUACUAUUCCCCCGAAAAGACAGCAGACCUCGGUCGCGUGA